GAAGUCCGUGAGGAGCUCUGCGCAUCCGCAUGCCUGCUCGCCUCUGGGGGGGGGGGGGUUCUCGCUAUGCACGCUGGAGAUCAGCCCUUGCUUACGGGCUUUCGGACCUGAGUCCUGGGUAAAUGUCCCGGGGGGCGUUUCUGACACCAGGGCAUUUUACAAGGGGGUGGGGUGCAUCAUGAUGCUGGACUGAAUGUCCAGGCAUGGCAUCGGCCGUGUUUGAGGGCACCUCGCUGGUGAAUAUGUACGUGAAGGACUGCUGGGUGAACGGGAUCCGGCGCCUGAUCGUCGGCCGGCGAGGGGAAGAGGAGGACUUCUUCGAGAUCCGGACAGAGUGGUCAGAUAGGAACAUUUUAUACUUGCACCGGAGUUACUCUGAUCUGGGCAGGCUGUUGAAAAAGCUGGAGGAGUCUUUCCCGGAGGACAGAAAACAACUCUCAAAAUCACCCCUCAUAGAAGGGCUUGUGAAGAUUAACGAGGCCAGUGACAUAGAGACAAAGCUGAAUGAAGUAGAGAGGCUACUGAAGAAUACUAUCAACAUGCCCUGGAAGUAUUCCAGGUCAGAGGUCGUGUUGACCUUCUUUGAGCGGUCUCCACUGGACCAGGUACUGAGGAACGACAAUGUGCACAAGAUCCAGCCCUGCUUUCCAAGCACAGUUAACAUAUCUGAGAUCAUGAGGUCUAAUGGGUUUUGUCUCGCCAACACGGAGACCAUUCUGUAUGAUCAGAGUCUCCAUCGCGACAGAGAGAGGCAGCUGUUUGCAGAGACGGCAGACCAUCGGUCUGAGAAUGGUGGGGACUUCCCGGCCUCUGAGCCUGACCACAGUGGCAAUGAUGACGACACACAGGCUUAUGUCACCAACUUGUCUUAUUACCACCUAGUUCCCUUUGAGACGGACAUCCUGGAGUGACAUGUUGCACAUACGGAUGACCUUGCCCCCUCAGACACACACCUGUUGCACACCGGUCUGCUCUUUCCCAUAAUUGGAGUCAACAUUUCAAGCUCUGCUUAGAUGUGCCUUGAUCUUAUGGAGAGAGACCCAGGAUGACUGACAACAGAACUACUUUGGAGGGGCUGAACUGGGGUUCCUUCUUGCCUGAUUCUCCUCGUGCCUAACAUGGAUAUGGUGCUUUGAGUUCCAUAUGUGCCUAACCCUACCGUGGUUGUGUGUUUAUCUUCUUGUAUGGAGUCCAACUCAAGAUCGCUCCAGGGGCGACUGCUGGCACCCUCAAGGAUGAAUGCUGAAGCUGGGAUUAUGGAUGUAUCUACCAGCACUUCAACCUUCAAUCAAGACUUUUCUUGCCUACUAUGGGUGUAUGUGCAUAAAAUCAAAGGUUCAAUGGAUCCUUUACUUACUCUUCCCGGAUAGUACCAACAUCAUAUCGGCGGCCUUUGACUACGUCUACCAGCGGUGCUUCUUCACCUCAAAUGUCCUCCUAGACGCAGUAUCAUCAUUUGUCGUUCCUGUCAUUUUUAUUCAUGAGAGACAGAAAUCUAAAUGAUCCAUUGAGACAGAAUCAUUAAUGAGAUGGACAGGAUACUGAAGACCAUACCCAAAUAUAACUGGACCUGCUAGUAUUACAUGUAAAUGUUUUCUGGCAGAAACCAAUUUGUGUGGUUUUCUAAACCAGCUCGACUCUUGCACAAUUACAGAAGAAGCAGAUUAGAUCAUUCAUUCAUGUUUACUCUAAGGGGAAUGACCUAAUUUCUAGGUUAUCUCUUACAAAGGUCUUUUGCAUUAGGAGAAGUGGAAAGCACACCGCUAAUCUCUGGUGUGUCCAGCAGUUGCUGCCGCUUUGUUUAAUUAACCCAAUUAGCAUUUAAGGGAAUGUUGCAGUCUUUGAAAAAGCCGCCACUGCUUGUCAGGGGAAUAGAAUGGGAACGAAGCCUUUGCUGAUGCCUUUGUAAGCGAAACUUCUGUGUAAGGAAGGACCCAGGAAAAGAUGUUGGCGGUCGGGGUGUAGGAGUGCUUAGCAUGCUCUGUGUCUCAAAAGACAGACCAUUUCUUUGUCUAUAAAAGAAACACGGCAUGGGCUGUUAGCUAGACUGUGUGGCAAGCAGCUGUAUAGAUGGCUAAAUAUUGUUUUACUUUCUCUAAGACUGAAAGCAUUAAAUGGAACUUAGACAGCGGAAGCAGGCAUUUGAGUAGAUAGUGUUGAGGUAGCUAUAAUAUAACGUUAACCGUAAGGUUCCAUGUCUCGAUAGUCCCUUGGCCAGAUCUCAUGGCUGAACCCAGAAUGACUGCAUGACUUUUGACUUUUUCUUUCAACAAACCAUUAGCUAUUUAAUUUGCACAACGUUUAUGGCUGUGGAUUAAACACUAGCUCACUGGUCAGAGCGUACUUUCAGCUGAGCGGUGCUAGCUUGUUUUGCGAAUCGCAGCAAAAUGCUUACCUGUUUCUCAGCAUCCAGAGGCCUGGAUACUAUGCCUCUAGAAACUUGGCGGUGGAGCUCGAUUGCACACUCUCAGUGGCUCUGUUUAGUAAAGCGGUCAUGUCUUUCACUUACCCGUGAGAAAGGGCUGCUCUUUUUCAGUGCGCGAAAUUAUUCAGCCCGAUGCUCCCUGCUUUUUCAUUCCUCUCGGGCAACAAACUGGACAGAGCAGUUUACCGAGGGUGGAGAUCAUUAAAGCGUAUUUGAGAACGUCUAACCAGGAGUAAUUGCUCUAUAUUUCUUGAACCGUCGAAUACGAGAAACAUACAAAUGGUGAAUGGACUUUAGCCACUAGUGGAUUUCUCAGUUGUACCGGAGCCUCUAACAUGUAAUCUGCCAUAUUGUCUGCUUUUUGUAGCCAAUCAUGUCGAAGACCAGACAGAAUAACUAGUCCCUAUGGGUGAUCCAGUCAUAAUCUUCUGGAAGACUGGACCACAAAGAAACUUACCAGUAUUACAAGUUAAAAAUUAUUUUUAGCAUUUAAUUUAAUGUAUUGUAAUGUGAAGCGUCCUAUUUAUUUUUUCCUAGAUACAGUAUUUACAAGCAUACCAAGCUAAUAUUGCUGUUUUUAUGUACAGUAUCAUCAGAAUUAUGUGCAAAGUACAUAUUACAUUUUUGUGAGGAAAAUGAAAUUAAAUGAACCACAAAAUCAAUCCUAGUCACCAUUGCAACAUUCGUUAUAUUUUGUACUAUGGGAAUUUUUUUAAUGAUAUUUGAGAACUGUCAUGUAUAAAAUGCUUUAUAAUACUGAGUCCCUUUUUCAAAUGCUAUAAUGUGUAACGCCCUAAAUUUAUAAUAAAACCCCCUUUGGUUGUUUAAGCAUUA